AUGGGGACGUGCUUGGAUAAAGGAUGGACUUACUGCGGCCGCACUAAAGGUCACGGCCCUCCAAAGGUCAUGUUGUGGCCCCUGGCACUGUGGCUAUUGACUCUGAUCUCAGUAAAUCAAAAGACGACGGUUGCACAGACUCUGAAUACCUUCCAAUCAGAGAGGAGGGAAUGGUCGCUGAACCACCUGACUGUGCAUCAGUCCACCGGGGCUCUGUACAUCGGAGCCGUAAACCGAAUCUACAAGCUGUCGUCUAAUCUCACCCUCCUGGUGUCCCAUGACACGGGGCCGGAGUACGACAACAAAGCGUGUUAUCCUCCUCUGAUUGUGCAGCCCUGCUCGGAGCCUUUGGCCUCCACGGACAACGUGAACAAACUGCUGCUCAUCGACUACUCUCACAACCGACUGCUGGCUUGUGGCAGCCUCUACCAGGGCGUGUGCAAGCUGAUGAGGCUGGACGACUUGUUUAUCCUCGUGGAGCCCACACAUAAGAAGGAACACUACCUGUCCAGUGACAACCAGACGGGGACGAUGUACGGGGUGGUCGUGCCCUCGCAGGGUCAGGACGCCACUCUGUACAUCGGCACGGCUGUCGGAGGCAAACAGGACUACUUCCCGACCAUCUCCAGCCGCAAGCUCCCUCGUGACCCAGAGUCCUCGGCCAUGCUGGACUACGAGCUCCACACUGACUUUGUUUCAUCUCUGAUAAAAAUCCCCUCGGACACACUGGCACUCGUCCCCCACUUUGAUAUUUAUUACAUCUAUGGCUUCGCUAGCGGCGGCUUCGUCUACUUCAUGACCGUCCAGCCGGAGACCCCGGAGAACGGGAUGCCUGCGGGCAGCUCCCCUGGCGACCUGUUUUACACCUCUCGCAUCAUCCGCCUCUGCAAAGGUGACAAGAGGUUCCACUCCUACGUGUCACUUCCUGUGGGGUGCGUACACAGAGGCGAGGAGUACCGCCUGCUUCAGGCCGCGUACCUGACCAAGCCCGGCAGGGUCCUGGCAAGGUCGCUCAACAUCAGUGUUCAGGAGGACGUGGUCUUUGCGGUGUUCUCCAAGGGACAGAAGCAGUACCACGACCCUCCGGAUGACUCGGCCCUCUGCGUCUUCACCAUCCAAGACAUCAACACACGCAUCAAGGAGCGGCUGCAGUCCUGCUACCAGGGAGAAGGAAACCUGGAGCUGCACUGGCUGCUGGGCAAGGACGUGCAGUGCACCAAGGCGCCUGUUCCCAUCGAUGAUCACUUCUGUGGCCUGGAUAUAAACCAGCCCCUGGGGGGUUCUCAGCUGGUGUCGGGUCAGACAGUCUUCACCGAGAGCAGGGACAGGCUGACCUCCGUCACCUCCUACAACUACAAUGGACACAGUGUGGUCUUCCUGGGCACCAGAAGUGGACGACUGAAGAAGAUCAGGGUGGACGGUCCUCUGGAGGGAGGAGUGCAGUACGAGACAGUGAGCGUGAUGAAGGACAGCGGCGCCAUCCUCCGGGACAUGGCCUUCUCCCUGGACAGGAACUACCUCUACGUGAUGUCUGACAACCAGGUGGCUCAGGUCCCAGUGGAGGCCUGUGAGCAGUACAGCACAUGCGCCGAGUGCCUGAGCUCCGGAGAUCCUCACUGUGGCUGGUGUGUCCUGUACAACAUGUGCUCGAGGAAGGACCGGUGUCAGAGGGCAGAGGAGACCUUCCGCUUCGCCACUGACAUUGACCGCUGUGUGAAAGUUAUCGCUCAUCCGGACAGCAUUGCUGUGUCAGCACAUAGUGUCCCUCUUCUGCUGGAGGUGAAUAACGUUCCAGACCUUUCCGCCGGAGUCACCUGCUCCUUUGGCCAGCAGGCCCAAGUGGAGGGCCACGUCAAGGGGGACAGGGUCAUGUGUCUGUCCCCGGCUGGGAAGGAGGUCCCAAAGAUACCAGAGGGACAAGACUGGGCUGGCGUAGAACUUCGUCUCAACUCAAAGGAGACGGGUCAAAUGGUCGCCAGCACGGAGGUGAAGUUCUACAACUGCAGCACGCAUCAAACGUGUCUGUCCUGUGUAAACAGCACUUUCCGCUGCCACUGGUGUAAAUACCGGAACCUGUGCACCCACGACCCGAGCAGCUGUUCGUUCCAGGAGGGGAGAGUCAACGCCUCGGAGGACUGCCCUCAGCUCCUUCACUCUGGGGAAAUUCUCAUCCCGGCCGGCGAAGUCAGACCCAUCACCCUGAAAGCCCGGAACCUUCCCCAGCCGCAGUCGGGCCAGCGGGGCUACGAGUGCGUGGUGCACCUGCAGGGCGUCAGCCACCGAGUCACGGCACUGCGCUUCAACAGCACCAGCGUGCAGUGCCAGAACAGCUCGUACGUGUACGAGGGUGUGAAGAUCAGUGACCUGGCAGUGGACCUCUCCAUCGUAUGGAACGGCAAUUUCAUCAUCGACAAUCCCGAGAAGAUUAAAGUGCAUCUCUACAAGUGCAGCGCCCAGCGGGACAGCUGUGGCAUGUGUCUGCGGGCGGAGAGGAAGUUCCAGUGCGGCUGGUGCAGCGGCGAGGGCAGAUGCACCAUGAAGCAGCAUUGUCCUCCCAUCUCCCCCUACGCGAGCCGCUGGCUGGACCUCUCUGCCAGGAACGUCAAGUGCACCAACCCACGCAUUACCGAGGUGAGUCCCGUGGCAGGGCCUCUGGAGGGGGGCACCCUGGUGACCAUCCAGGGCCUGAACCUGGGUCUGUCCUUCUCCGAGCUGGAGGGUAACGUGGAGGUGGCAGGAGUGAAGUGCACGCCGCAGGAGGACGGAUACAUCACAGCAGAACAGAUUGUGUGUGAGAUGGCCGUGGCUCCCAGAGGAAGCGCACCAGGUCCAGUUAGGCUGUGCGUUGGUGAAUGCAGACCAGAGCUCCGGGCCCAGUCCUCCCAGCUCUACUCCUUUGUGACACCCUCCAUGUUGGCGCUGACCCCAGGCAGAGGACCUGAAUCCGGGGGCACCAAAGUCACCAUCGUCGGGGAGAACCUGGGAGCCGGCAGCUCGGUGAAUGUGUACUUCGGUAAUCAGACCUGUGAGCUGUACAGGAGGACGGCGUCGGAGAUCGUGUGCUUCUCUGCGCCCUCAGUGACGGGGGCGGGGCCAGUGCCGGUCAGUUUGAGGGUGGACCGGGCCAGAGUUCCUGGGAGUCUGGCCUUUGAGUACAUCGAGGAUCCGACUGUGCAGCGCAUCGAGCCCCUGUGGAGCAUAACCAGUGGACACACCACCCUGACGGUGACCGGGACCAACCUGGACGUGGUUCAGGAGCCGCGAGUCCGAGUCAAAUAUGCCGGCCACGAAUCCGUCAAUGUUUGCAAAGUGCUGAACACGACCACCAUCAGCUGCUUCGCGCCCUCCCUGAAGGCCGAGCUCACCGCCGACCAGGAGUCCAUCAAACGCGUGGACGAGUUCGGCUUCGUCUUCAACAACGUCCAAGCUCUGCUCACCUACAACAACACCAGCUUCGUCUACUACCCCAACCCGUACCUGGAGCCCCUCAGCCUGUCGGGGGUUCUGGAGCAGAAACCCGGAGCUCCCAUCAUCCUCAAAGGACGUAACCUGGUGCCGUCGGCGUCCGGUGGAGCCCGGCUGAACUACACGGUGCUGAUCGGGGUCACGCCCUGUUCCCUCACUGUGUCCGACACUCAGCUGCUCUGUGAACCACCGAACCUCACCGGGCAGCACAAAGUCCUGGUCCAAGUAGGAGGCCUCCACAUCUCACCCGGAGAAGUUCACAUCCGCUCCGACAGCCUGCUCACGCUCCCCGCCAUCUUCAGCAUCACGGCUGGAGGAGGCCUGCUCCUCAUCAUCGUGGUCAUCGUCCUCCUGGCCUACAGACGCAAGUCCCACGAGAACGACCUGACCUGUAAACGGCUGCAGAUGCAGAUGGACAACCUGGAGUCCAGAGUGGCUCUCGAGUGCAAGGAGGCGUUUGCAGAACUCCAGACGGACAUCAACGAGUUAACCAGCGAUCUGGACCGAGCUGGCAUCCCGUACCUGGACUAUCGAACUUAUGCCAUGAGGGUUCUCUUCCCCGGCAUCGAUGAUCACCCUGUGCUCAGAGAGCUGGAGGUGCCGGGGAGCGGACAGGCCAACGUGGAAAAGGCCUUGAAGCAGUUCGCUCAGCUGGUGAAUAACAAGCUCUUCCUGCUGACAUUCAUCCGCACGCUGGAGCUGCAGCGCUCGUUCUCCAUGCGCGACCGCGGCUACGUGGCCUCGCUCAUCAUGACCGCGCUGCAGGGACGCCUGGAGUACGCCACCGACAUCCUGAAGCAGCUGCUCUCAGACCUGAUAGAGCGCAACCUGGAGAGCAAGAACCACCCCAAGCUGCUUCUCCGCAGAACGGAGUCGGUGGCAGAGAAGAUGCUGACAAACUGGUUCGCCUUCCUGCUCCACAAAUUCCUCAAGGAGUGUGCCGGCGAGCCUCUCUUCAUGCUGUUCUGUGCCAUCAAACAGCAAAUGGAGAAGGGACCCAUCGACUCCAUCACCGGAGAGGCGCGCUAUUCCCUCAGCGAGGACAAGCUCAUCCGACAGCAGAUCGAAUACAAGACGCUGACGCUGAGCUGUGUGAACCCAGACAAUGAGAACAGCCCAGAAAUCCCUGUCAAGGUGCUCAACUGUGACACCAUUACCCAGGUGAAGGAGAAGAUCCUGGAUGCGGUGUACAAGAACAUGCCCUACUCACAGCGGCCGCGAGCCUCGGACAUGGACCUGGAGUGGCGUCAGGGCAGAACAGCUCGUGUGGUCCUGCAGGACGAGGACAUCACCACCAAGAUAGAGAGCGACUGGAAGAGGCUCAACACACUCAUGCACUACCAGGUGUCGGAGCGCUGCGUAGUGGCCUUGGUGCCCAAACAGAUGUCUUCUUUCAACAUUCCCUGCUCAGCCAGCUUCCCACGCAGCAUCAGCCGAUACGGUGUGGACGUGCCCUUCCGCUCCACCCCGACCAGUCCCGACAGCCCCCACUCCCGCGUGCCCAUGCUAACCCCUGACAUGGAGAGCGGCGUCAAGGUGUGGCACUUGGUCAAGAACCACGACCACGGCGACCAGAAGGAGGGCGAACGCGGCAGCAAGAUGGUUUCUGAGAUCUACCUGACGAGGCUGCUCGCAACAAAGGGCACUCUGCAGAAGUUUGUGGACGACCUGUUUGAGACGCUGUUCAGCACGGUGUGUCGAGGCACCGCCCUGCCUCUCGCAAUCAAAUACAUGUUUGACUUUCUGGACGAGCAGGCUGACAGACACGGCAUCCACGACAUGGAUGUUCGCCACACGUGGAAGAGCAACUGCCUGCCUCUUCGGUUCUGGGUGAACGUGAUCAAGAAUCCUCAGUUUGUGUUUGACAUCCACAAAAACAGCAUCACGGACGCCUGUCUCUCUGUGGUGGCUCAAACCUUUAUGGACUCUUGCUCAACGUCCGAACACCGUCUGGGGAAAGACUCCCCGUCCACCAAGCUCCUCUACGCCAAGGACAUACCGCAUUACAAGAGCUGGGUAGAAAGGUACUACGCUGACAUCAACCGCCUGCCUGCCAUCAGUGAUCAGGAUAUGAAUGCCUAUCUGGCUGAGCAGGCUCGCCUUCACUCCAGUGAGUUCAACGUGCUCAGUGCCCUCCACGAGAUCUACGCUUACGUCAGCAAGUACAGCCAAGAGAUCAUUGAGGCACUGGAGCUAGAUGAACAGGCCCAGAAGCAAAAGUUGGCGUAUAAACUGGAGCAGAUCAUCUCAGCCAUGUCUGCAGAGAGCUGAGACCCAUACACACACAGACACACAAUCAUAUACACAAUGUACACACUCCACACACACACGGUAACAGAGGAGUUAGAAACCAAUCACCAACACGUGUGAACAUUAUGCACACACACAAACACACACUGAUGUAUACUACUAUGGACCUACUGUAUAACCAAACGCUACAUACACAUUCAAACACACACACAUGCAACUGUACAUACACAAACCCCAGCACACAUCAAACAGCAGAUUGUCCCAAAGCACGACAUUCGUGUCCAGUGUCAUCGUUUUUUCAGAAGAAAAACUCCAGCAGGCAAAUGUUCAGUUUCUAAAAAAAAAAAACAAUGCUCCUAUAUACAGAGGGAGAGGAGGAGAGAGAGAGGAUGUCGGCCGUCGUUGUUGCUCAAUUUUCUGCCAAUCCUUUUUCCCGCUGGGCGACGCUUUGUCUUUGUAGUCGGUGCUUAUACUAAAUGUCAUAAAAACAGCACUUAAUAAAGAAAGACUCAACUUGAACAGUCACUGGAGGGGCUCAGCAGAGACACGAGCCGAUUUAAUGGGACGAGACACAGAGUACUUUUUAUACGUGGAAGAUGAAGGACGCUGGCUGGAGGUACAUAUCACAGGCCUGGAGCGACCUCGCCAACGGGAGCCAAUGGGAGCAGAGAUGUGUAACUUUGUGUUGUUAAGCCUUUUCCUGUUGCCUUGUAAAGGCUUGAAAAACUAAAGACCGUGGCAUCAUUAGUUCUCGUUCACCUACUUGAAACUCACUGUUUUAUUUUGUGUUUUUAUGUUUGUUUUUCUGCGAGGGUCAGAACAGUAAAUACAAAGUUUGUCAUUGACAAGGUGAGGCUUUAAUAAUCCAACGCCAAAUAUUGUUGUGUUUAAAUUUGAAAUUCACAGGCAGUAUGUAGAUAUAUUUCCAAAUCCACUUCCCGGCUUUUUGUGCCAAAUACUUCUCAUGUUUCAUUCAUGUUAAAUUCUCCGGUAGACGCUAUUAAUAGUACAGAUCCCAUUUAAGAUAGGACAUUUUGUACAGUGAUGAUCUAGAGGCCACUAAUUCAGCCAUUCAAAGAUAAGUGGAGACCAAAUCGAACUGUAGCAGCGAGCAUGAUUAAUGAUGCUCUUGAGCCUGAUCCAGGAUCAGAUCAGCCCUGACCCAGGCCGCCGGCGCCCCCGCGUUUCAUCAGUCAUUGUUUACAUUGAGCAUGAUACUUGAAAUGCACCGAGUGUAGGAGAUAUGGAGAACACCUGCUGCUCCUGUGGAGUAAUCUGCUCAGAUUAAGGCAGAUGAAGACUUUGAUGCCUCCUUGAUUUCCCUGAUAAAUCCUCUUUGAACGGAACCUGGAAAUGAAUCACGGGGAAGGAGACAUUUCAGACCCUGGAGAUGUUGGAUCUUCUAAAGCAGGUGUUCCUUAUAUUCUGUACACACAGUGGAUACGUGAUUAAUGAUGUAUGUGUGUGGAUCAGCAGCUGGUCUUUGUGAAGUGUAUUCAUUAAAUGUCCGACGCUUCACCGUGAUGUCUCCGCUUUACAAACCCGACAAUUUCCACGUUUCAUACGAUUCACACGUUUUCCAUUUGGCAUUCUGUGUAGAUGUGACCUGACUGCCUGUUGUCUCCUUGCUGCUGUAUUUAUAGAGUGCCAUAUCUAACCUUUCAAAAUAAUUAUCAUGAGGGUUUAACCGUUUAACUGUCCCAUGAAGAGUCACAUGUCACAUGAAUUCUAAAGAGCUUCUUU